GAGCAUCAUUUUGGUGUUUAUCCUGUUUUGCUCUGACGUUUUUAAAGUAUUUGAAGACUCAGCUCUGUAUUCUUCUCUCUGCUUUCUCAGAACUGGUUUCACAUCUAUUCAGAACAGUUCAGUUUUCCUCCGCUCUGUUCCUCUCUGGUUUUGUUCCUGUUGGUUCUCCAGUUUUUAACUUGUUAAGAUUUUCUUUUUGCCUCCAUGCCAGCUUAACCACCAACUGACUAGAUUUGAAGAUGGGAAAAAUCCGAACAAAAACAUUGGUGCUGGGGGUUUCUCUUGGUCUGUUCCUCCUCUAUCUCAGUAAAGAUUUUACUGCCAAAAGAGUCAUUUGCAACUCCAACACUGUGAGAGAGGAGAGCAGUGAAAUAAUAAAAAGAUCCACUAGGAACAUCUCCUACGUAUACUCCUUCCCGAAAUGCCAACAAAACGCAUCUGCUGGAAAUGUAGAAGGCUUCAGUUCUCUUCCUGUUAAUAUAAAAGACUUUCUCUACCAUAAACACUGUCUACAUUUUCCCAUGCUGCUGGACGUUCCUGACAAAUGCGGAGGAGCUGAUGAAUCUGCACAGGUCUUUCUUCUCCUGGUCAUUAAAAGCAUCCCUGAUAACUUUGAACGCAGAGAGGUACUGCGCAAAACCUGGGCUAAAGAGAGGCUGCACAAUGGUGUGCAGAUCCGGAGGAUCUUCAUCUCAGCAGCGACGGGUUCUGGUUUUGAAAGAGAGAGAAAGAAUAGACUUCUUGAACUGGAACAAAAUGAGUACAAUGACAUUCUUCAAUGGGACUUUAGAGACACGUUCUACAACCUCACCUUAAAGCAGGUACUCUUCCUAGAAUGGAUGGAAAGAAAUUGUCCGAAAGCUCGCUUCUUGCUAAAUGGUGAUGAUGACGUUUUUGCCAACACAGACAACAUGGUUGAGUAUCUCCAAGGCCUCAGGGACAAUGAUGGAAGCAAGCACCUCUUUACCGGACAUUUGAUACAGAACGUGGGGCCCAUUAGAUCACCAGGGAGCAAGUACUAUGUCCCAGUACAAGUGCAGGAGUCAGAGUCUUAUCCCCCUUAUUGUGGUGGUGGAGGCUUCCUCCUGUCGGGCUAUUCAGCUAUGGUCAUAUACAACAUGUCCAAGUCCAUCCCUGUUAUUCCUAUUGAUGAUGUUUACAUGGGGAUGUGUAUGGCCAAAGCAGGAUUAGGUCCAGCUCACCAUAUGGGUGUACGGACAGCAGGAAUGUACAUUCCCUCGCAUAAACUAGAUGAAUUUGAUCCCUGUUAUUAUAAAGAGAUUUUACUGGUGCACCGAUUCCUUCCAGCAGGCAUCUAUCUUAUGUGGCAAAGAAUAAAUGACCCCAAUCUAAAAUGUGAAUUGGCAAGGAAAUCCUUUUAGUAGCAUUAAGCUCACUGGUAGUGUCAAUACCCUGUGAUCAAUUGACGGCAGGUCUAUGACACAGCCUCUAAUGUCACUGGUAGAGGACAGGUCUCCUCAGCCAAACAAAUACAGACCUACAGUACAGCACUGCCAUGCUUUAAGUGUAUGGCCUUUUUUAAAUAUUGUUAUCGUUAAAAAAAAUUCUGUAGACGCAAUAUUAUCACAUCUAUGAAGAGAGAAAGUGGUUUCUGACAGAAAUUGUUGAAGAUCACAGAUUGUACCAUUUUAUCAGUGGGUGGGCCUUUAAUGAUGAUUGGUGUGUGUGUUUGUGUUUUUUGUUUGUUUGUGUGGCUGUGGGUUUAUGUUUUGACUGGAGCUUGAUGUUGGUCCACAUUUCUGACUACAAGCUGAAUCAUGUUGGUUGCAAAUUGUUUAAAAAACAUUAACAACCAGAAGUUGUCAGGACUGUAUAAUGUAUAAUGUUGUGGCCAAAGUCUUGAAAAUAUUUUCCAAUAAUUUCUCAGGUUUUUCUUUAAACUAAUGUUGUGAUGUUAGUUUAUAUUUCGCUUUAGCUCAUAUAUGUACAGUUUCCUUUAUUUUGUUACUAUAUCUUGUGUAUUUAUGUUUGAACAAUAGGUUCAGAAGACUAGAUGUUUUGCAUGACUGACAUCAUUUUUGCACUGUCAUUUACAAAACAGCAUUCGGGUUAAAAGUAAUAAGGUGGGACAGUGCAUUGUAUUAAAACAGUGAUGGUAGCGGUAUUUCUAUGUACUGUGAGUAUUAAUGUUUGUUUGUUUUUGGAACAGGGAAUUUGUGAAUCCUUGCAAAAAGUGUGUUUAAUUAAUUAAAGAGAAGAAUGCACAUGAA